AUGAGCUCCGGCACCCUGAUCAGCGCGUGCGAGCAGGGCGAGCAGUGGCAGCCGGCCCUAUCGCUUCUCAGCGCGAUGUGGGUGGUGAAGCUGGAGCCCGACAUCAUGAGCUACAGCACGUGGCAGCCGGCCCUAUCGCUGCUCAGCGAGAUGUCGGUGGCGAAGCUGGCACCUUCCAUCCUGAGCCACAGAACCCCGACCAGCGUGUGCGAGAAGCGCUGGCAGUGUCAGCCAGCCCGAUCGCUACUCAUCGAGAUGUGGAUGGUGAAUCUGGAGCCCGCCAUCGAGAGUUUCCGGAUACCGAUCCGCGCGCGCGAGCAGGGCGAGCAGUGGCAGCCAGGCCUCUCGCUCCUCCGCGAGAGGUCGGUGGUGAAGCUGGAGCCCGACAUCCUGAGCUUUUAA